AUGGGUGUGGGGCGACGCUCUAGCCACUUCCUGUCGCUGCUUGCUUCUUCUCUAUGGCAGUCGGUCCUUGUGUCCGGCCUCCGGGCGGAAGCGGAAGCAGGUUGCCCGGAAGGAACCUACCCGGAGGAGCGGAGGCGGCUGGAGCCGGAAGGGAGCGUGGCGGCCGCUCACAGGUGCAAUAACCGCAGGAGCUCGUGGCCUCGGGACGUUCGCACAGCAGGCAUUUUCUAUAAAAUGGGAAUUUUUAUUGCACUUCUUGGAAUCUGGUUCAGCUCUUCUCUAGCAAAGGCAGAUUCUAAAGCAGUGACAACGUCCCUGACUGCAAAGUGGUUGUCAACCCCUUUGUUACUGGAAGCAAGUGAAUUUUUAGCAGAAGAAGGUCAAGAGAAAUUCUGGACUUUUGUCGAGGCCAGUCAAGAAAUUAGAUCAUCAGAUCAUGGUGGUAGUAAUUAUUCCUCUUACCAUGCAAUGCUGAAAGCAGCUUGCCAGAAUCUGUCACCACUGCAGCAGAACUUGUUGAAGUUUUCCCUGUCUUUACGUUCCUACUCUGCUACGAUUCAAGCCUUUCAGCAGAUAGCAGCCGACGAACCUCCACCAGUGGGUUGUAGCUCAUUUUUUGCUGUGCAUGGGAAGAAGACUUGUGAAUUUGACACCCUUGAAAUCCUUUUACAAACAACUUCAGAAAGGCUGAAGCCUUUUUUGUUCAAAGGAGAUCACAGAUUCCCCCUCUCAAACCCAGAAAGUCCUGUUGUCAUACUCUAUGCUGAGAUUGGCACUGAGGAGUUUUCCAAAUUCCACAACCUGCUUGUUUCGAAAGCCAGUGCAGGAGAAAUCACUUACAUCCUCAGACACUAUGUUGCUAAUCCAAGUAAAGAAAAAGUUUACCUGUCUGGCUAUGGUGUGGAACUGGCUAUUAAAAGCACAGAAUAUAAGGCCAAGGAUGAUACCCAGGUGAAAGGUACAGAGGUGAAUGCUACAAUGAUAGGUGAAAAUGAUCCUAUUGAUGAAGUGCAAGGAUUUCUCUUUGGAAAGCUAAGGCAGUUGUAUCCUGACUUGAAGGAAGAACUGAAGGAGCUUAGAAAGCAUCUUAUUGAAAGCACCAAUGAAAUGGCACCUUUAAAAGUAUGGCAGUUACAAGAUCUAAGUUUUCAAACUGCUGCUCGGAUCCUGGCUGCUCCCACUGUGGAUGCUUUGACGGUCAUGAAAGACCUCAGUCAGAACUUUCCUACAAAAGCCAGAGCAAUAACGAAAACAGUUGUUUCCUCGGAACUCAGGUCAGAAAUUGAAGAGAACCAAAAGUACUUCAAAGGAACAUUAGGAUUACAAUCUGGUGAUUCUGCCUUGUUCAUCAAUGGACUGCACAUUGAUCUAGACACACAGGACAUAUUUAGCUUGUUUGAUGUGUUGCGCAAUGAAGCUCGUGUUAUGGAGGGACUUCACAGUUUAGGAAUUGAGGGCCUUUCUUUGCAUAAUGUUCUAAAGCUAAACAUCCAGCCAUCAGAUUCAGACUACGCGGUGGAUAUCAGAAGCCCUGCUAUUUCAUGGAUCAACAACCUUGAAAUUGACAGCAGGUACAAUUCCUGGCCUUCCAGUGUGCAGGAAUUGCUGCGCCCCACCUUUCCUGGAGUAAUCCGACAAAUCAGAAAAAACUUCCACAACUUUGUUCUUAUAGUGGAUCCUUCCCAUGAGAGUACAGCAGAAUUGCUUAAUGUGGCAGAGAUGUUCUUCAGCAACCACAUCCCAUUGAGGAUUGGUCUGGUCUUUGUGGUUAAUGACUUAGAAGACGUUGAUGGGCUACAAGAUGCUGGGGUUGCCCUUCUUAGAGCAUUUAAUUAUGUUGCGCAAGAAGUGGAUAAUAAUUAUGCUUUCCAGACUGUUAUAUCUAUAUAUAACAAAGUAAAAACUGGCGAUCAGCUGCAGGUUGAACAUGUGGUUAGUGUUCUCGAGAAGCAGUAUCCUUAUGUAGAAGUGAACAGCAUUCUGGGGAUUGAUUCUGUUUAUGAUCAAAACAGGAAGGAAGGCAGAGGGUACUAUGAGCAGACAGGUGUGGGCCCUCUACCUAUUGUGCUGUUUAAUGGAAUGCCUUUUCAAAAAGAGCAGCUGGAUCCUGAUGAUCUAGAAACUGUAACAAUGCAAAAAAUCCUGGAAACCACCAGCCUCUUCCAGAGAGCUGUGUACUUGGGUGAAUUGUCCAGUGAUCAAGAUGUGGUUGAAUAUACCAUGAACCAGCCUAAUGUUGUUCCAAGAAUCAACUCAAGGAUCUUGAUGUCUGACAGAGAGUACCUAGAUCUAACUGCCAUGAAUAACUUUUUUGUGGACGAUUAUGCUAGAUUUACUGUCUUGAAUUCCAAAGAUAAAACAGCUGCUGUAGCCAAUAGUAUGACCUACUUAACAAAGAAAGGAAUGUCCUCCAAGGAGAUCUAUGAUGAUUCUUUUGUUAGACCAGUUACUUUUUGGAUUGUUGGAGAUUUUGAUAAACCUUCUGGGAGACAAUUGUUAUAUGAUGCUAUCAAACAUCAGAAAUCCAGUAAUCAUGUCCGAAUUAGCAUGAUUAAUAACCCUAGUGAAGAUCCAACCAACAAGAACACAGUCAUCACCAGGGCCAUAUGGGCAGCUUUACAGACACAAACGUCAAACAGUGCCAAGAACUUCAUCACUAAAAUGGCUAAAGAAGAGACAGCAAAGGCACUGGAAGCAGGAGCUGACAUCACAGAAUUUGCGGUUGGUGGCAUGGAUGUCAAUACUUUUAAAGAGGCCUUUGAAUCCCCCAAAGUGGAUUUCAUACUGUCUCAUGCCAUGUACUGCAGGGAUGUUCUUAAGUUGCAGAAAGGACAGAGGGCAGUGAUCAGCAAUGGAAGGAUUAUUGGCCCAUUAGAAAACAAUGAGCUGUUCAAUCAGGAUGAUUUCCACCUCCUAGAGAAUAUUAUACUAAAGACAUCCGGACAGAAAAUCAAAUCCCAUAUUCAGCAGUUGGGAGUAGAGGAAGAUCUUGCAAGUGACUUGGUAAUGAAGGUGGAUGCUCUUCUGUCUGCUCAGCCAAAAGGAGAGGCAAGGAUUGAAUAUCAAUUUUUUGAAGACCGAUACAGUGCAGUUAAACUGAGACCAAAGGAGGGAGAGACCUACUUUGAUGUGGUGGCUAUUGUUGAUCCGGCUACCAGAGAUGCUCAAAGACUUGCUCCAUUACUUAUGGUUUUGAACCAACUGAUAAACAUGAAUCUAAGAAUUUUUAUGAACUGCCAGUCCAAACUUUCUGACAUGCCUCUGAAAAGCUUUUAUCGCUACGUUUUGGAGCCUGAGAUUUCUUUCACAGCAGACGACAACUUUGCUCCUGGUCCAAUUGCCAAAUUCUUGGAUAUGCCUCAGACUCCACUGUUCACUCUGAACCUAAACACCCCUGAGAGCUGGAUGGUGGAGUCUGUCAGAACUCCAUAUGACCUUGAUAACAUUUAUUUAGAGGAGGUGGAUAAUAGAGUAGCUGCAGAAUAUGAAUUGGAGUAUCUGCUUCUGGAAGGACACUGCUAUGACAUCAGUACAGGACAGCCACCUCGAGGACUCCAGUUCACACUGGGAACUUCAGCCAAUCCUGUCAUUGUUGAUACCAUUGUGAUGGCCAACUUAGGCUACUUCCAAUUAAAAGCCAAUCCUGGGGCUUGGGUUUUGAGACUCAGAAAGGGGAGGUCUGAGGACAUCUAUAGAAUCUACAGCCAUGAUGGUACAGAUUCUCCACCUGAUGCCAGUGAAGUUACUGUUGUUCUCAACAACUUCAAGAGCAAAAUUAUUAAAGUGAAGGUUCAGAAGAAACUAGACAUGAUGAAUGAAGAUUUACUAAGUGAUGGAACCAGUGAGAAUGAGUCUGGAUUUUGGGAGUCUCUUAAGUGGGGAUUUACAGGUGGGCAGAAGAAUGAUGAAGUGAAACAAGAUAAAGAUGACGUGAUUAAUAUAUUCUCUGUGGCUUCAGGACACCUGUAUGAAAGAUUCCUCCGUAUAAUGAUGUUAUCUGUGCUGAAACACACUGAGACUCCAGUGAAAUUCUGGUUCUUGAAGAACUAUUUGUCACCUAUGUUCAAGGAGUUCAUUCCAUACAUGGCAGAGAAAUAUAAUUUCCAGUAUGAGCUUGUCCAAUACAAAUGGCCCCGAUGGCUUCACCAGCAAACAGAGAAACAGCGCAUUAUCUGGGGUUACAAGAUCCUUUUUCUGGAUGUGCUGUUCCCAUUGGUGGUUGAUAAAUUCCUUUUUGUGGAUGCUGAUCAGAUUGUGCGCACAGACCUCAAAGAGUUAAGAGACUUCAAUUUGGAUGGUGCACCAUAUGGCUAUACUCCAUUCUGUGAAAGCCGUAAAGAGAUGGAUGGCUACAGGUUCUGGAAGUCAGGAUACUGGGCAAGUCACUUGGCUGGAAGAAAAUAUCACAUCAGUGCUCUAUAUGUUGUGGAUCUGAAAAAGUUUAGGAAGAUAGCUGCUGGAGACCGGCUCAGAGGACAAUAUCAAGGGCUGAGUCAAGAUCCUAACAGUCUUUCCAACCUUGAUCAGGAUUUGCCCAACAACAUGAUCCAUCAGGUACCCAUUAAAUCACUACCGCAGGAGUGGCUUUGGUGUGAAACAUGGUGUGAUGAUUCUUCAAAGAAGAGAGCAAAAACUAUUGAUCUGUGUAAUAAUCCAAUGACCAAAGAGCCCAAGCUUCAAGCAGCUGUGCGCAUUGUCCCAGAAUGGCAGGACUAUGAUAAAGAAAUUAAACAGCUACACAGUCGUUUCCAGAAAGAGAAAGAAUCAGGAACCCUUACUACAACAGAUGGGAUGAAACAGCAAAACAGAAAAGAUCUAGGUGCACACGUGGAAUUAUGAUCCUUGGGGGAAAAUGAAGUUAGACUGAUUCCAUAGACCAUUUUUAUAUCAAAUGCUAGUUUUUUUUCCAGUAUGUCUGCAAAACUGCUGAAUAAUUGAAUGGGAUGAUGAUGUAUGCGUGUUUUACUUGCCUUUGGGUUGAUUUCUGCAUAUGAAAUAGGAUCAAGGUUACUGUUUUUGCACCUGUGUGGGGAGAUGAAAGUGCUCACUCAGAGUGUAGAAUUUCAGUAACAGAAGUGCAAAGUACAUUGAAAAGCAGCAGGUCUGUUCAUCUAGCUGUUGCCACAUACAACCAAUGCUGGCCAUGAUUCUAUUAGCCACAGAUAUCCUACUCAAGAGCACAUGGAAAAUGCAUACUCAGUGAGCGGUGGGACAGCAAUAGCAUGAGUCCUUACCUCAAAUGAGCGUUUUGAGAUGGAGCUAGUUUUUCCAGGCUAUGCUGUGCUUGGAACCAUGCCUUGAACUGGUCUAAUGUUGGAACUGCAAUUUUCAGAUGGUCCAUCUUCUACAAGGCUCUGUUCAUUAUGCCACUGAUUCUGUUACAGAACAGCAGUUUCAUUAUUUAAAUUGAGACAGCAUCUGUUUCCUCACUUUUGAAGAGUUCGUUCAGUGCAAAGCUGCCCACACCACUUAAAAGCAAAUAUUCACUUGCAGCUGUAUAUGCUAACAAGGUUAACAAUACUUUGCAACUGAUAAAAAAUCAGGAUUUUUUUUCUGACUUGCCCUUUCCUCCUAAAUUUAUUUAAAAGUGCCCUGUUUCUCCUUCUGCACUCUUCAAAGUUUUUAAACAAAUCUGUAGGGCAUUAAUACUGCUGUGGUUCAUUGUUUUAUAAAUGUUUUUGCUGUUUAUGAAAAUCUGUGGAAGUUUUUGAUCAUGUAAAUUUCAUUUUUCUUCCAACACAAGAUGUCACAUCAAUAAAACCUUAGAGUUCUUAGGGCUUUGUGUUAGUCCUCACAUUCAACCCUCUCUUUCCUUUGAUCUUCUUGGUCCUCCUUACUCUGGAACACAAUAAUGGUUUCCUUGUUUGCACACAUUUUUUAGUUGCUUUGAUGCAAUAAGUUUAAUUUAAGUGCGCAGAACAGAAAACACUUUUCUCCAAGUAACUGCAUCUUUUGAGGAUUAGUGUCCUUAGUUUCUUCAGCUGUAAAUUUUCUAAUAUCUCUUUCAGGUAUUAAUUUUAAAACAAGCCAUGGCAGUAGUUCUGCCGCAAGAGCACACUUAUAAAGUCAAUUACUGUCUACUCAGGUACAGUGUGUGUACAUUUUACCACUGCAGGUAACUGUGAAAUAUAUUAUCAAAACAGAAGUUCCUUAAGAGAAUGUUGGUAAGAUAAGUUGAGCAAUUUGGUUUGUAAUGAGAUAGCACUCUAUACCUUUGUCCGGAACACCGUGGAGAUGGAAAUCCAAGCCCUUCAUCCAAGAUGAAGAAAAGUCUCCAUAUUUUAUAUUUCAACAGCAUUGAAAGAGCUAGGUCUCCCUUUUCAAAAAUAUGCCUUUUGUGAGCGCCUAUAGAUACAGCAAUUGUCUAUGGUUUUGUUUUAUUUUUUUAAGAAACAGGCCUCUAGCAUUCUGGCCAAGAUGAUGGGUUUCUGUGUUAGUCUUAGUUUAGCUUUCAGUGUUUUCUUUUUAAAGGUGUAUAUGAUAUAAGCCUGCUCCAAAUGUCAAUAUUUGAGGUAGGUAAUUCUCUGAAAUCCGCUUUGAAGUAGAAAGUGGCUCAAAUAACCCUAAAUUUGUGUAUAGAACUCAAUGUAGUAUCUUGUGACUGAAGGGACAGAUUUAUUUUUGGAGGGAAGAGGUUUUUAGUUUUGCUUACUUUUUAAAAAAAAGUAUCCAUUUUUCCCCACCACUGAUUCAUUUUGAACACCACGUCCUGCAUCCUAUCCAGCUUUAGAACCAGGGAAGUUGUUCAUAGCAUUCUCCUGAGUGCUGGACAGAAGGGAAAAUGGCUCCCUAUGUCCCCUUUCCAUCUGCACACAGCAGGAUUCAGCCCUAAGGGCUGUUGCAUUGUACAAGUGGGAUUGAGUUUUAUGGAUCUUUACAUUUAAGGAUGUAAAAAUUAGUGUGUGUAACUCCCUUGAGCCCUUUGUAUCCCAGUACUUACACAUAGCCAGAGUGCCUCAGCCUACUACUAAUUGAUACAAUGUGUGUUGCUUACAUGGCAGACAGUUAUAUUGCACAGGCCCUUUUAGGAGAUCUCAAUCCCCAAAGUGGCAGCUUAGCACUAGUAAAAUAGAGGCAACCCCUCUCUCGUGAUCAAAGCCAUGCUCUGCAGGUGAGUGGGAGACGGUUUCAUCAACCAGAGAUUCAGUUCAAAUUCCAUCAUGUCUACGUAACACAGCAUAUGUUCAUAUUGUCUAUCCAGCAGCUCUUAAUGCACUACUCAGAUACUUAAAUUAUCAUUGUCAGAGCUAUAGUAAUCAAGGCUGGAAAAUGAGAUGGUUUUUAAACUCAUUCCAGCGUAAAUUUAAUCUAGUUUUAUACAUUAUGACUUUCUUUCUUCCAAUAAAAAGAUCAGAAGCCCAAGUACCACAGGUGCUAAUAGGACCCUCCAGCAACUUAAAACUAACAUUCUUUCACAGGAUUCUGAACAGAAUGCAACCAUGUAUGCUAACUUCAAAUUUUUGCUUGUGAAAGCCUUAACAUUUAAUACAAAAUCUAAUAGCCUGACUCUUACAAGGAUUACCCAGUUUCAGCUACUGACACUUCAUGACACUAAAUAUACACAGUGAAGAAGAAUAUCUCAGAAGAAGAGGGAUUUAGUCCACUGUUUUAAAAA